CUUGUUUUGGUUGUGUUGUGUUUGUUUGGCUCUUUCGGUUUUGUUCGGUUUCCUCGUCAAUAUUAUGUUCCGUAAUGUGAUUUGAAGUGAAAAAGAAUGUCAAAGCAAGGAGAUUUACUCGUAAAGUGGCAACGUGCGUACCGAGAUGCCCAUCCGGAAGAAUCUGGUCCUGAAGCUCAGCGUAGAGCAAACGCGGUUUGGAUGAAUGCAAAUCUGAAUCUAAGACGUUUGAAGACUUGCAAAUUGUUGUUAAUCGGAAAAUCAACGAGUGUGAAGCACUCAAGCUCCGAAAACGCAGUGGAUACUGCAUGUUUUUUAGCAAGGCCGCUACGCAAACUCAAACAAAACACAAAGAUCCAGAACCACAAGCUUCUACAUCGACCGAUGUGACUAAUUUGUCUCAUGAUACAGGUGCCGGCACGUCCUCAACAAAACGAUCCGAGCCCGAAAAGAAGCAUCAUAGCACUCCCUCACAAGACCGCAUUUCUGCAGAACUUUCAACACUGCGAGCCCAAAAAGAUGCACUUGUAACUACCAGAGAUGCUGGAUUGAGUGAUGAUGAUCAGAAGAUGAAGGAAUUCAAAGCGGAUAUAAAGGUGAGGGAACAUCUUCUCAAGCAGACCAAAAAGAACGCUGAAUACCAAAAGAAAUUCAGAACGAAAAGGACGGAUGCAAUUAAAAAGCUAACAGCUUUGAAUCCUGAAAAUGCCCACAUCCUGGCAGUAAAGAACGAACCUGAAAGACCACGUUUCGAGCAAGAGGAUAAACUGCUUGAGACAAUAGUGGAUUUGGUUUUGCUGAAAAGUGCCGCGGACGAAAGACGGAGAAUGGAAAUGAUAAGAACUUACAGAUCGUUGGAUGAUCUACACGCGGUGGUCAUUGAGCAAGGUUUUGAGAUUUCAAGAACUGGCCUCUAUUUACGAUUGCUCCCAAGAAACUGUACAACUACGAAGGCAAGAGGCACGUGGUUACUGCCCCGGUCAAGCUGUGCAAAGCACAGACAGAUGAACACAAAAAAAAAAUGUCGACGGAGUUUUUUGCACAGCAUCAAUCAGGAAUGUUGAGGCUUUGGCAUCGUUCUUGGGUCCUGAACAGGUCGUGUUCAUUAGCCAAGAUGAUAAGGCUAAGGUACCAAUAGGACUGACGGCUGCAAAUAAACAAAGUCCUAUGAUGAUGCAUUUAGAGUAUCGCGUAACUCUUCCAGAACAUGAUUGGGUGGUUGCACCCAAGCACAAGCUUACGCCUUCGGUUUAUAGUGCAAUGGUAAUCAAGGAACGAGGGCUUGGAUCACCGGAUGCGGUAUCCUAUUCAGGGCCAACAUAUAUAGGCAUUCGAAGCCUUAAACACUCACCAUCAAACGCAAAUACACACGCAAAUGACCUCGGGAUAUUAUUGAAUUUGAGUAGCUUCGAGCCUGUAGUCAAAACUGCUGAUGGACAAAUAAAACCAAUAUUGAUUUUUUCUGUAAACGGUGGACCUGACGAAAACGCUAGGUACCCCAAAGUUAUUGCAUUUACUAUAGAGCAUUUCCUUGAUUAUGAUCUGGACGCCGUUUUCGUCAUGACUAAUGUACCAGGCCGUAGCGCUUUUAACAGGGUUGAACGUCGAAUGGCUCCAUUAAGCGCACAGCUGGCUGGUGUGAUACUACCGUCUGAAACAUAUGGAACGCAUCUGGAUGGACAAGGAAAGACAAUUGAUCCAGAUCUUGAACCCAAAAAUUUCACAGCGGCAGGAGAGGUACUUGCAAAGAUUUGGAGCGAUUUAGUAAUCGAUGGACAUGGAGUUGUAGCAAAAUUUAAGCCACCCGGAAAUGAGCAAAAACUUCCACAGCUUCCUGAUUCCUUGUGGUACAUGUAGAGUACAGAAUAGAGUAAAGAAAUAAUAAUAACAAUAACAAUAAAGAAACAUGAGAAGCAAGCCAUGAGAACUAUAGACCAAUCAUAUGUAAGAAACAGAUGAGCCAGGCUAUAAAAGCGCGAGCGCCUCCGCGCAGCAGGCAUUCUUACAACGGACGUGAUACGAGCAACAUCAGGAAGAAAUACCAGCAUCAGUGGCAGCAGUGAACAACGGAGCUAACCCGAGCAGCCGAUGAUCGAGCUAGGUGUCGCAUCGGUCUGCUUCAAUAGCAGCAGCAGCAGCAGGAGCAGCAGGAGCAGCAGUAGCAGCGGACAUCGAAGUUUAUCCGGACAACCAACAAUCGAGCUUUGCCUCGCAUCGGUCUACUUCGGUAGCAGCAGCAGUAACAUCACGAGCUGAACAUUGGACAUGGCACUCUCUCUCCGCUGAUAGCUUGAGAACGCGCUUCCAUUGAGCCGGGAGAGUGUCGCAGUGUGGAAGAGAAUCAACACCGCAUUACGUGAUUGGCACCCACGUAUUAGCUAGCUGCAGAAAGGGUUUUAAAGAGUUUUCCCCGCUGUAGCUAGCAAAGAAACUUCUGGACUGAGGCUUCAUAUUUGAAGCCUAUCCAUUGAUCACAAUGGAUAAUAUUGGCGGUCGCGACAGUACAGUAUUCAUGCACGUGAGUCACAAUAUGUCUUACAAGUUGUGAAGUGUAGGAACCCCUCCUGCUGCAAGGAAAAGCGCAGUAACCUAUUCAGUAUCUUUCCGGACAGGUUCCUGCCUCCCCCUUGCCCGAUCAGACAAACAACAGCCGGACUACUUGUUCCAGAGCCAUCUGAUGUCAAAAACAAUGAUCAGUUUUUACCAUUGUUCCAACGUCUUUCGUUGCAAAUUUUCAUCCCAAUCCCGCAAGGCGUACGUAAAAUGCCUUACGUCAUGCACUGUCCAUCGGUUGCCAAAGAUCUUCAUGGCCGCAUAUGCUCAGAAUGUGGUCUAUACUUUACUUCGAAAAAAGCCGUGGAUGAUCAUUCCAGAUCUAUACAUUCUAUACGACGCAGUGCCAAUACCAAGAUUAAACCAUCUCGCGUUUCAGCCAGAAGAGGCAAAGAACUUCUAUGUGUUCUACUUGACAAGAAAACGGGUUCAAAGGACGUAGAAUUGAUCGACGCUGAUAACGUGGAUGCUUUAGGAGUUUCUGAGUAUAUCCCAACAUAUGAUAACAACAUGAAUGCUGAAACAUUCCUCGUCGAUUAUUUGCAAGAGACGGACACACAUUGUCCGUCCUCCGCUACAAUAUCGAAGCUGGAAAGUUUUUUCCCCCUCCGCCAAAGUGAUUUUUGGUUGUUGUUUUUUUCUUUCGCCCAUUGGUGACAAGUUAAGUGCCAACGCAUCCGGAACAGCGAGGAAGCAGCACCUCUCCAGCGACGCUGGACCGGUGUUCUGUGAAUUGGUUCCAUUGAGCGUCACAUUUGUAUCUUCACCAAACAUCAAACAGAGAAGUACAAUAGAAUAGUUUUUGCCGUCUCGCUAUUGUGCUUAUAACGUAGCGUGCAGCGUUGUAUAGCUCCCUGAAUAGGGUUGUUCAAGUUGUUCGAACUCAUCAGACUAAAUUUUUUUAUUGAGUUUUUAUU